AUGGAUUCUGGAAUGAGUCAAAGAUCAGUCAGCAUGUCAGGGGCUGUAGCUAAUGGGUCGAUUCGCCAUGUCACUGGCCUGUCACUGGGCGCCUCAACACCCGUCCCAGUUGUAGCCAUUAUUGGAGACACAGGGUCUGGGAAGACAUCUUUGUUCGAAGCUCUUUCUGGUCUAUCUCUUCAUGACUCCCAGCUUUCGGCGACGAAAUUCCCCAUCCAUGCCUGUUUUACGCACAGCAGCCGCACGGGCACGACCCUAAAGGCACGGAUAAAACCAGGGAAAACUGAUGGGCAGAAUACGGAGCUCUCAGACCACUUACAAAGUUUUGAGGUGAACUAUGAGGGAGACCUUGCUGCUGUCAAUCUUCCUCAAAUUGUGAAUCAGGCAACGAAUCACAUGCAGAUCGCAACCGCAUUCUCGGAUGAGAAGGAACAAGAAGAACAACAAGUUUCCGACAAUGUUCUUAUCAUUGAGAUUUCGGGUCCAGACUUUUUCAGCAUGGAGAUCGUCGAUACCCCUGGGCUAUCAUCUAGCCCACUGGUUGAUGACACACAGGAAAUAACAAGAUCUCUCAUCAUGGAUCUCGUCAAGCAGCCCAACACCAUCAUCCUAUCUGUCGUUGACGCAACGAGUGAUAUGAGCACUCAGGAGGGCCCGAGGCUUGCGCGAGCAGCUGACGUGGCCGGCAAUCGCAUCGUCGCAGUCGUAACCAAGUGCGACCUUGUACUCCCAGACGAGAGAAGAUUCGUGUUGAGAGCUAUGCGCAACAAGGAACGCCAUCUCGGCCAUCCCUGGUUCGCCACUAGAAGUCUCUCCAGCGAUGAACGUCAUCAAAAUUGUACUCUUGAGAAGCGGAUCUCUGUCGAAGACUCAUUCUUUUCAGAAAUGGAAUGGGCCAUUCUGAAACGCCGGCGGCGUGUCGGGGCUCCUGCUCUAAAGGACCAUCUCAAGACUAGGGUGAACGUCAUGCUCCGGGGGAGUAUAGACCUACUCACGACAAUACUCAACACACCAUCUCAUUCAGUUGCACCAACACGCGCCCCCAGUAUCACAGAAAAGGUGCAGCCAACAAAUGUCUACGCGACGUCACAAGAGACAGUAGUCGCAGACGUCGAUCUAGAAUUCGCUUCCGACGCACCCCGACCAACACCGCUUCUCAACGCUGUCAUAGUCGGAUUGACUGUUGCCAUAUGUCUCUGCCUCAUAGGACUUGGCUGCAGCGCAAUGGCACUAGAGGUUGCGAGCGAGGGACGUUGGUAUCGUUUCUUUCUUCUGUUAACGGCUCUCCCUCAGAUUAUCCUGAGCUUGUUCUUCUGUCAAGCUAUCGUCGUGACUAUCUUCCAGAUGGUUGGCCCCGUCACGCAACUAAAAGUCAACUCCAAGUUUUACUCUGCAAAGCGAACGAAACGCCUUGAUGGGACGAAAGUAGUCUUGCCGCACGUUACUAUCCAAUGUCCUGUUUACAAAGAAGGCCUUGAGGGUGUAAUCAGACCAACAGUACAGUCGCUCAAUGCCGCCAUUCGCAAUUAUGAAUCUUUCGGCGGCACAGCUAGUAUCUUCAUCAACGAUGACGGUAUGCAACUUGUGUCCCCAGAAGAAGCCGAGGAACGCCGCAUGUUUUACAAAGAGAACAACAUAGGCUGGGUUGCCCGACCAGGGCAUAAUGUAAACGGCGAAGGAAUAAAGAGAUUCAUUCGCCGUGGAAAAUUCAAGAAAGCCUCAAACAUGAACUACGCUCUGGGUAUCAGUCUCAAGGUUGAGGACAAGUUGGUGGAGAUCGUCCGCGAUGAGAAGUGGACUCAGGUUCACGAGAGUCAAGCAUAUCAGAAAUGCCUCGAUGAAGUCCUUGCCGAAGAGCUAGGCCGCGCCUGGGUAGGCGGUGACAUCAGAGUCGGCGACUAUCUCCUCCUCGUCGACUCCGACACCCGCGUCCCAACAGACUGUCUCAUCGACGCAGUCAGCGAGCUCGAAGCCUCACCCCGCGUCGCAAUUCUCCAGUUCACAUCUGGUGUCAUGAACGUCACGACGAGUUACUUCGAAAGCGGCAUCACCUUCUUCACCAACCUCAUCUACACCGCCAUCACCUACGCCGUCGCCAACGGCGAUGUCUCCCCCUUCGUCGGGCACAAUGCGUUUAUUCGUUGGUCUGCGCUGCAAGAGGUUGGCUCUCAAGAUGGUGGGAUAAUCGACAACGAGAAGGACCCAAAUGCCACAACGCCGUAUGAGAAGUUCUGGUCCGAGUCUCACGUCUCAGAAGACUUUGAUAUUUCUCUACGUUUACAAACACUGGGUUAUCAUAUUCGUCUGGGGGCUUAUUGCGGCGACGGGUUCAAAGAGGGUGUUUCACUCACUGUUUACGACGAGUUGGCCCGGUGGGAAAAGUACGCGUACGGCUGUAGUGAGCUUCUCUUCUGGCCUAUAAAAGACUGGUGGAGACACGGUAUCUUCACGCCUCUAUUCAAACGCUUCAUAUGGUCGAAUAUGCCGCUUGGGUCCAAGAUCACCAUCAUGUCUUAUAUCGGCACAUAUUACGCUAUCGGUUAUUCGUGGAUUGGCUCGCUGCUGAACUACUUCCUCAUUGGAUGGCUUAACGGAGAGCUGGAUCACUACUACAUGAGUAGUUGGCGCGUCUGGGUCGCUCUUGUGGUUGUCUUCUCUAUAGCUGGCAACAUUACCCUCGCGCUGAUCAGGUACCGCUCUCAGCAGGUUAGUUUGCUUAAGGAACUUUGGACAUGUUUCAAGUGGGUGGCUCUUAUGUUUAUUUUCCUGGGCGGUAUAUCGAUGCAUGUCUGCAAGGCCAUUCUCUGCCACAUGCUGUCGCUCGAUAUCAGCUGGGGCGCUACGUCUAAGGAAGUUGAAGAUACUAAUUUCUUCCAAGAGAUCAGCAUCAUCAUUGCAGGCUUCAAGUAUGUCUUCAUCUUCUGCUUGGCGGUGACCGCGUUGAUGAUAUGUGGCGUCUAUGCCUUUCCGUAUUUAUGGAGGAUCGAUGAGCUCGUUGCAAUAUUUCCCCUUGCAACUGUCAUCUUCUGUCACUUUUUCCUCCCGAUUGCUCUGAAUCCGAACUUGAUGAAGUUCACCUGGUAA